CGCAGAUUUUACCCCUACUCCGAGGCGUAUGGAGGUUGUUUCCGAUAAACCCUCGGCUAAAGAAAUGAAUAGAGACAGUGGCGCAGUAAUAUCAGAGAGCAGUCAACUGUUUGGGAGGAUAAAACGAAUAAUCAGGAAGAAAGGAAAAGAAGAAUGGGCCGAAAGACAUCAAAAAAGCAUGCUGGAGUCGAUGCUGAUAGUACUGUUGAAAGUGUAUCUGGAGGGAACACCUAUGGCAAUGAUAGAUCUCGUAAGCCCGACAAGACAGCCCCUGUUCCACAAACAUCAUUUCUCAGACAGCAGAUUGAUCCCGAGACUGCAAAAUACUUCGCUGAGAUUGCUAAUUCCCUUGAAGGUACAGAAAUUGACCCACAGGAGUGGUCUGUCAUUUGUGGAAAUGCAUUGGAAGAAACCAGAGGGAAAGAAGCAGAACUUGCAACUGAUUAUAUAAUAAGCGAUACUUUGCAAACUCUAGUUGAAGGCUGUUCCUUGGAUCACCUUUGUAUUUUCCUUCAGAGAUGUGCCAAGAAUAUCUCUCAUAUUGCAGCUGAUAGAUCAGGCUUUCAUGUGGUCGAAACGGCUUUAAAUCUCUACCUUAUCACCUUCAGGAAAGUGAGAAUCAUUCUCUGAUUGAACAGGCUUUGACUAAAACUAUUAAGGCAAUUAUUGUCAAUCCUGUCGAUAUAAUGUGCAACUGCCAUGGAUCUCAUGUGCUUCGAAGUAUUCUUUGCCUACUUAAAAGGGUGCCUUUAGAAGAGUUCCAUUCCACCAAGUCAUCAGCUUGAAUCUCCAGGUGCCUCAAGCAAAAGACAACGGCUCACCGCGGUUUCAGCAAAUAUUUCCUAGUUUGCUUAAAAAUUUCGUAUCAGAGAUGUUAAAUGCUGCCAACGAAGACAUUUCAAAACUUCAAACUAAUCAAUACAGCAGUUUAGUU